AAACAAAAACAUAAACAAACCAAACAAUCAAAAUUUCUCACUCCGUCUCUAUUCAAACGCUCAAAUUUCGAAUCCCAAACCAACCAUGAGCUCUACAAUAGCACUAUCACCAUCAUCGAAGGGCAAUCUCGGCCGAGGCAAGCCCAGAGCUUCGAAAUCGGUCUCCAGAUCUAACAAGGCCGGCCUCCAAUUCCCCGUAGGCCGAAUCGCUCGUUUCCUCAAAAAAGGCCGCUAUGCUCAGCGAGUCGGCUCUGGUUCUCCCGUCUACCUCUCCGCCGUCCUCGAAUACCUCGCCGCCGAGGUUUUGGAACUUGCCGGGAACGCUGCGAGGGAUAACAAGAAGAAUCGGAUCGUUCCGAGGCACAUUCAGUUGGCUGUGAGGAACGAUGAGGAGUUGAGUAAGUUGUUGGGGUCUGUGACGAUUGCGAAUGGAGGAGUUUUGCCUAACAUUCAUCAGAAUCUUCUGCCGAAGAAGACUGGGAAAGGAAAGGGCGAGAUAGGAUCUGCGUCUCAGGAGUUCUAGGGUUCUUCUAAUUGCAAGUGUUUUGGGUAAUGUUUAGAAGAAUUAGAUGUUGGCACAUUGGAAUGUUGGUAGUGUUUUUUGGUGAAGCAUUUUGUCAAUAGCUUGUAAUUGACUAGUUUCUUUCAACUAGUUCUUGUUUAUAUGAUGGAUAGUCAGUAGUUCCAGUUCUGAUUAAGGUCUACCAGAUUUGCAAUUUUUCUUAUUCCAAACAAAAGGGGAAAAAAAUGUAUUGUGUUUGGUAUAUUCUGUUUGAAUCAAAUCAUAUGCGCAAGGAACCAAGGCAGAUUGUUGGCAUCAAAAAAUAA